UUAAAAAGAGAAUGCCUGUGAAGGUUCCCCAUUAUGGGGACGAGCACCGCAUAUUCCUUCAGGGGAUCAUGUGUAAAGGAGUUCUCAACUACAAGCAAGUGAACAAACUUCUGGACUCUGCUUUAAUGAACUGUCAGAUUACUAUCCCUGAGAACAAGGCUGAGAAGCAGAAUCUGAUGUUGAAGAUCAUUCAAGAGAUCAACGACAGGAUCUCAAACAUUUCCCUCACCAUCAGGAAAGGAGUUGAUGAGGAUGACGGGACCAACUACUUCAUGCUGGUCAACCUUUCUCACAGGAGAUGUGGAGAUUCAGACGAGCUAGCGAAAAGGUUACAGGUUCAGUGGAGCGCUCAUGAACUGGAAUACUUCAGACUUAUUGCAAAAGAGAUUCUGGAAGACGACAAUAAAUCUGUUUCUAGCAGGUGAUUUUCUACUACGUUUAUU